AUGACCUCACUCCCGACAGCUCUCAGCAGCAGCGGCGGCGGGGGGAAGGUGGUUCUGGUGGGGGUGCGACUGCACCAGCCGAACGCGAAUCUCCUGUGGGGCGGCGGCAGCAGCAGCAGCAGCGGCGGCGGCGCGGCAAUCUCGAGGGAGGGGCAGGCGCUGGUGGAAUUCACUCUCGCGCGGCUGGUGGUGCCCGGCGAUCGUAUUGUCGCCAUGGCCGUCCGGAUAGUCCGCGCCCCGCACACCUCAGGGUCGCGCAAGGCACGGUUCAACUCAGAGCAGGACGGGGAGGAGGAGGAGGACGCGAGCCAGAGAAUGCUGGCAGCCCUGCACCCCAAGAUCGAGGUGGCUGCUGCGAAACAGAUCACUCUCCAAGUUGUUGUGCGCUCGGCCCCUCGUGUGCGAGACGCGCUGCUCUACGAGGCAAAGCUGCUCAAGGCGGGGCUGGUGGUCAUAGGGCCCGUGCGACGCACCAUCACGCUUAUUGGUGGCAGUGCCGGGUCUGAUGUGGACAUGAUGACGUUUCUCGCCGACCGGCUGUCUGCCAGCUGCAAGAUCAUGCUCGUCUCAAAUAACGCCUGCUCCGCUACAAGACAAGGGAAAGUGCCUGUUCCGCCUACCUCCCCCCAAUCUCCGCGGAUAGACCCAGGGGGAGGGGGAGGGGGGAGUGGCAUGGGGGAAGGGGGAGGGGGGAGUGGCUUGGGGGGAGGGGGAGCGGGGCAGGGGUCAGGGGAGUAUGGAGGGGGGUCUGAUGGGGGCGGUGGGGUACCGAAUGGGGGAGGAAGCAGAGGAGCAAUGGGGGGAGGGAUGGGGGGAGGAAUGGGGGGAGGGGGGGUUAUGGGGGGAGGGGGAGGGGACAGUGGUGGGGGCUGGCAGCAAUGUCCCAGAUCUCCCCGAUCCCAAUCCAACGGCCAGGAUUUCUUCGCCCCUCCCCCAUCCCCAGUCCCUCCUGCCCCGCCGACCGAAAUCAUUCGGGAAGUAUACGGGCAGGACGAGUACGGGCAGCAGGAAUUUUACCUGGACGAGCUCCUAUUGGCCACGGAUAAUUUCUCCCCGCAGAGAUUGAUCGGGGAGGGCGGCAGUGGUCAGGUGUUUGUGGGGAUGCUUCCACCUGGCAGGUGCCCUCAGGUGGAAUCCCAGGGUGGGGGGAGCGAGGGGUGGGGGAGAGGGGGAUGGGGGGAGGGCGGAACAGGGGGGGACGCAGCAGGGGGGGGCGCAGGGGGGGGGGAGCGGCAGUGGUGCGGCCAGUGGGGGUUGUCGGAAGGUAGCGGUGAAGAGACUGCGAUGGUGGGGGCCGGCUGUAGCGGACGUGCAGGGGGCGGCAAACGCUCGGCAGUUUCUGGCGGAGCUGCGUGUGUUGAGGCGCAUCCGGCACCCGAGCCUGCUGGGGCUGCUGGGGGUGUGUGCGACGGCGGGGGAGCUGCUGAUGGGAGCCUCAGGGUGCCGAGGCGCAUUCGGCACCCGAGCCUGCUGGGGCCGCUGGGGGUGUGUGCGAUGGCGGGGGAUUUUCUCAUGGUGUUUGACGUCCUCCCCAAUGGGUCGCUGCAGACGAGGCUGAGAGGUAAGGUGAGCGGUGGGAAGCAUGGGGCGGUGGGAAGCAUGGGGCGGUGGGAAGCAUGGGGCGGUGGGAAGCAUGGGGCGGUGGGAAGCAUGGGGCGGUGGGAAGCAUGGGGCGGUGGGAAGCAUGGGGCGGUAUCAGUAGAUGCUGGAAGCGAAAACCCCUGUUCCCCUCCCGUCCGUGUGGCAGACCACACAAAGCCCCCGCUACCUUGGGAUCUCCGCAUGCGCAUCGCGUGUGAGGCGGCCACCGGGCUGGCCUUCCUGCACUCGUGCCGGCCGCCCAUCAUCCAUCGGGACGUGAAGGCGGCCAAUGUGCUGCUGGAUGCCAACAUGCACGCGCUGGUCUCCGAUUUUGGGCUGGCCAAGGUAGCUUCAGAUCAGUACACCCAGCCAAUGGCAGUUACCAGCAUCAUGGGCACCAGAGGCUACGUGGCACCAGAGUACGUGCAGACCGGCCUCAUAACAGCAGCAAUAGAUGUGUACGCGUUUGGAGUCAUUCUCCUGGAGCUUAUAACGGGUCAUGUGCCCUUCCACCCCGGCAGGCAACCCCCCAACCUCUCUGCCUGGGCCAUCCCCAUCGCCAACAAUGAGGAGUUCACUCGCCUUGUGGAUUACCGACUUGAGGGCCGCUACGAUUUAGCGCAGCUGCAGGCAGUGUCCAUGCUGGCCGUGCUGUGCCUUGCUGCGAACCCCAAGCACCGACCGCCGAUGGAUCAG